UGCCUCGUCUUGGCUUGCGCGCCGUCCUGCGGGGCUUCUGGAGACGGGAGGCGAACUGGGGAGGGACGUUUCUGCACACCUCCUGAGUUUCUUCAAAGAGCUGCAGAGAGAGAGACACGGGGGAGGAGGGGAGAUCACACAGAAAAGAGAAAAGAGAGAGUGUGAGGGGGGAGAAGAGAAGAGAAGGGAGGCGAAAUCAUCCCAUCCUCCGCUUGCGAGCAAAGGCACCGCUGCUUGGAUCCGUCUUCUCCUCGGAUGUAACCGGAUAAAAUGCUGAAGUUUUUCUCUGCGCGGGAUGACGAGAACGAAAGCCUUCUGGGAGCAAUAACUGAGGAUGAAGGAGACAAUCCGUCUCUGCAGGACACCAAGCACCACUGGCUCAACAGGCCCUGCCUCCUGGUGCUCAAAGACGGGGAUGUGUCGAAACCAGGACAAAUCAGAGCAGAAUCUCCUUCCAAAGCCGCCUCGGAUGCAACAAUCAGAAGCACAUGUGAGCAGAAACCGUAUGAGUAUCCCACCAAAACAGCUUCACACUCCCAGCUGGAGGAAGGCAGCUGCACUGUGACCGCCAUCUCGACAUGGGGUGAGCGGGAGGCGUCCUCCAGCCCUCUGGUGCUGAGCCCUGCAGAGGCAGCCUGGCCUGAGGACGAGGAGGAGAAGCCCCAGGUUCUCCCAUCGAAGGAGGACUCGGUGAUUGAGGAGAAGGAGGUGGAGGAAAGUGGGCAGCAAGAGCAAACCUGCAGCUCGGAGGCGACUGCAGCACCUUCAUCUGAGGAGACCUGUGGAAAGGAGCUGCAGAGCCAGACGAAGACGACCAGACCUAAAGGAGGAGAUGAAACCAGCAAGGCCCAGGCAGCCAGUGGAGGAGGAGCGAUGGCCGAGUGUGCAGCUUCUCCUGUGGAUCCUGAUAAUGAGAGCAGCCCUGUCGGCAUCCUGUCCAAGGAACGAGGCUCCAUCCUGGGGGAUGUCGCUCCGGUGUGGGUCCCUGAUGCUGAAGCUCAGGUCUGCAUGAAGUGUGGGGUCAAGUUCACGUUCACCAAGAGGAGGCACCACUGCCGCGCAUGUGGGAAGGUUUUUUGUUCACUUUGCUCCAAUCUGAAGUUCAGACUUACACAUCUGGAUGGCAAGGAGGGACGGGUUUGUGUUUCCUGUCAUUCAACCCUCAUCAAAAGGACGCCUCCGAGGGGGAAGAGGAGGGUGUGGUUUGCGGAUGAAAUCCUGGCCAAUAAGCAGUCAGAGUCUGCUCCGACCACGCCGGUGAGGGGGCCGACGUUCUCCCCGCUGAUGAGGCGGGCGCUGGGAGGACCGGGUAGAAGUCCUGUGGGUUCACCACAGCUCAGGAGAACCUCCAGGCCACACGGGACGUCCAUCAGUGAGGCCUGUGGUCCUUACGGCUGGGGAACCACAGCUUUAGUGAGCAGCUCUGCCAACCUCAUCCCCCUGGACGGCCUCCCACCCAUCCUCACCUCCACAGGAGUCAAAGGAGAUUACACUGUGGAGGAGCAGCCGUCUGAGAUGCUGCUUAUUCAGGAGCUGGAGAGCGGCAGACCCAAACCUCUGGUGUUUGUCCUCAAUGCCAACCUGCUUGCUAUGGUCAAGCUGGUCAACUAUGUGAACAGGAAGUGCUGGUGCGUGACAACAAAGGGGAUGCACGCCGUGGGGCAGGUGGAGGUGGUGGUGCUGCUGCAGUGCCUCCCCGAAGAGAAAAGCUUCCCCAAAGACAUCUUCAGCCACUUCAUCCAGCUGUACAGGGACACACUGACAGGGAAGGUUGUGAAACACUUGUCGCUGUCCCUGUUUGGCAGCAGAUUCUUAGGCAGCGAGGAGCAUGCAGGCUUCCUGUACGUUCGCUCCACUCUGCAGUCGCUUCAAGGUCUACCUCUGCCCAACCAGCCCUACCUCUUUGGCCUGCUGGUGCACAGAGCGGAGGUGGCCUGGGCCAAAGCUUUCCCCCUGCGCCUCAUGCUGCGGCUCGGGGCUGAGUACCGAUUCUACCCGUGUCCCCUGUACAGCGUGCGUUUCAGGAAGCCUUUGUUUGGGGAAAUUGGUCACACCAUCAUGAGACUACUAGUGGAUUUUAGGAAUUACCGUUACAGCCUUCCAAUGGUGCCGGGGCUCACUGUGGAUCUAGAAGCUCAGAGGACGCUCAUAAAGAUACCGACCACCGGGUAUAACGAGCUAAUGAAGGCUCUGAAUAAGUCCAAUGAGCAUGUGCUGGCCAUCGGGGCGUGUUUCAAUGAGACUGCAGACUCCCACCUCAUCUGUGUGCAGGCAGACGACGGCCAGUAUCAGACACAAGCCAUCAGCAUCCACAAUCAGCCACGCAAAGUGACCGGAUCCUGCUUUUUUAUAUUCAGUAGUGCACUGAAGGCCUCUGCAGGAUACCUGGCCAAGUCCAGCAUCGUAGAAGACGGCCUCAUGGUGCAGAUCACCGUGGAAACCAUGGCGGAGCUCCGCCGGUCGCUACGGGAGAUGAAAGACUACACCGUCACCUGCGGACGGCUCGACCAAUCAGAGAGCCAGGAGCUUGUUUGCGUGCAGUGGGUGGAGGAGAAGUGCACUGUGAAUAAAGGUGUCAUAAGUCCCAUCGAUGGGAAGUCUAUGGAGUCUAUCAUCAGUACCAAGAUGUUCCAGAAAUCAGAGUACAAAGAAAAUGGGAAGAUCAUCCGCUGGACAGAAGUGUUCUUCCUGCAGAGGGCCGAUCAUCCCAAAGGAGCAGUGACUGACUCUGCUGAACACAACCGGCUGACGGAGCGCAUCGCCCGGGCGUUCUGCUUGGCGCUGUGUCCUCACCUGAAGCUGCUGAAAGAGGACGGGAUGGCCAAACUGGGGCUGCGUGUCACAUUCGACUCUCAAGAGGUGGGAUUUGUGGCCGGCAGCAACGGGCAGCCGCUCCCAGCUCAGUACCUCAACGCCCUGGACAGCGUGCUGAUCCCCGUCAUCCACAGCAGGGGGCGCAAGAGGGGCGACGAGUCCAUAGUGAUGGAGCUCAUCUUCUACAUCUUGGAGAACAUCACUUAGAGAAGCCAAGCUCCAGUUUCAUUCUGACCACAGCGCCGUCUCCAGCACUCCUCAUCAGUGAGGUUACAGGCCAAUAAAAGCAUUCCAAGGGCAAACCGGAUCCCAUCCGAGGUCUGCAUCCAUCUCAUCCAUCCACCACUAGAGAGAAACGAUCAGACUCUUAUUGGCUUUCUGAUCUACCCGGCCGCAGACAAUCUGCAUGAAACGUACGACGGACCACGAGAUCAGCGUGCAGCUCUUUGCACUGUAGUAGCAACUUCAUAGCUUGUUUAUCAUCCAUGUCACAACGUUCAAUACCUGUUCCUAUACAGAGAAUACCUUUAAAGUGGGCGCUGGGUUCAGCCCCACGACCUUAAAGCAAAGAGAAAAAGAGAAUGACUUGAAGUACUGUAUGUAGUAGAUCUGUAGCGAUUUGAUGCACACUGAAUGAAUGCCUAAAGAAUGUUUUCAUACUGGAUGUAUUUUAAUCGACUGCUCAUGAAAUGUAAUGUCAGCUUGGAAUUAAACUUGCAACAAUGA